UCGAUCCCUCGUGUAAGAGUGAGGUGGACGAGGACAUUCCAGUCCAUGUGACCACAGAAAAUCCCUGUGAAAAGCCUGACGGAAACAUCAUGUUAUCUCUAGAUUGUAAAGAAGAUGAAGAUACCAUGCAACGCUCUUCAGGAGAAAGCUUAAUUACCUGUAAUGUACAUCCAGAACUUCACAGUGCAUCAAAUAAUUCCCCCAAGAAUGAGGAACUUUCUAAUGACCAAUCACUGAUUAUUAACCCAAGUCCAAAUCUUUUAUAUAAUCAUCCUAAACAUGAGGAAUCUUCUCCUGACCAAUCACAGAUUAUUACCCCAAAUAUAGGGCAGAAACGAGGUAAAAGGUUUCAUUGUGGGGAACGUGAAAAACAUUUCAGAUAUAAGUCAGAGCUUUCUGUUAACAAAAGUAGUCAUACAGGAGAGAAGCCGCAUUCAUGUUCAGAAUGUGGGAAAUGCUUUACUCAGAAACAAAGCCUUGAUCGACAUAAGAAAAUUCACAUAGGAGAGAAGCCAUAUUCAUGUUCAGAAUGUGGGAAAUGCUUUACUCGGAAAUAUAGCCUUGAUCUACAUAAGAAAAUUCACAUAGGAGAGAAGCCAUAUUCAUGUUCAGAAUGUGGGAAAUGCUUUAUCCAGAAAUCACAACUUGAUGAACAUAAAAGAAUUCACACAGGAGAGAAGCCAUAUUCAUGUUCAGUGUGUGGUAAAUGCUUUAUCCAGAAAUAUCAGCUUAAUGGACAUAAAAGAAUUCACACAGAGAAGCCGUAUUCAUGUUCAGAAUGUGGGAAAUGCUUUAUCCGGAAAGCAAGCCUUGAUCUACAUAAGAUAAAUCACGUAGGAGAGAAGCCAUAUUCAUGUUCAGAAUGUGGGAUAUGCUUUAAGAUUAAAUUAAAACGUGAUCAACAUAAAAGAAUUCACACUGGAGAGAAGCCAUUCUCAUGUUCAGAGUGUGGGAAAUGCUUUAGCCAGAAAUCAAGCCUUGAUUCACAUAAAAGAAUUCACACAGGAGAGAAGCCAUAUUCAUGUUCAGAGUGUGGGAAAUGCUUUAACCACAAAUCAAGCCAUGAAGGACAUAAAAGAAUUCACACAGGAGAGAAGCCAUAUUCAUGUUCAGAGUGUGGUAAAUGUUUUAUAUAUAAGUCAUAUCUGGUUGGACAUCAGAGAAUUCACACAGGAGUGAAGCCAUAUUCAUGUUCAGAAUGUGGGAAUUGCUUUGCCCAUAAAUCAAGCCUUAAUGUACAUAAAAGAAUUCACACAGGAGAGAAGCCAUAUUCAUGUUCAGAGUGUGGUAAAUGUUUUAUAGAUAAAUUACGUCUAGUUCGACAUCAGAGAAUUCACACAGGAGAGAAGCCAUAUUAAUAUUAAUAAUGUGGGAAAUGCUUUGUCACAAAAUCAAAUUUUAAUCAACAUAAGGGAAUCCACACAUUAGAGAGGACAUGUUGAUGUUUUGUUAAAGAAUAAUGUUUUAUUAAGAAAUUAGUCUUUCAAACUUGCAGACUUGUGUGUUCAUUUUACCUCGUUGUGCCAAUAUUCUAUGUGAGUGAGCAACAGAACUCCUACUCACAAGUCGCUGGUACAAAACCUUUUGUUUUAUUUCUUUUUACUUCAUUCCAAUAUAAAAUGGUGGUACAUCAUGAGGGACGCUGAGACAGACAUCGUUCACACCUCCUCCCAUCCACGCAACGUUUCGGGAGAACAUGCCUCCUUACUCAUGCGUGCAGGUAGAGGUGGAGGUGGGAAUUUUAUAGCACCAACAGCUGAUAAACAUAUACAAACCAUAUAGUUUUAUACAAAAUGCAUAGCCAUAAAUAACCCUAACACAUGAAAGUGAUCAAUCAUAUAAAUGCACUAAAGCUACAAAUUUCAUUUAACCCUUUAGGUAUUAAAGACUGGAGUUUCACUCUCCAAAAUGUGUCCCUUUGUAACAAUCUCCUACUUUCAUCCUCCCCAUGGACUCCACUUUUUACCACCUCCAGAACCUGCCACCUGAGAUCUGACACCUGAUGGGCCCGAUCAUAAAAAUGUUGAGCGACCGUAGUUUCACCUUGUUUUUUCACCUCCACUGUUUCCUUUUUACUCUGCCUUCUGAGUUCCUUCCUAAUGCUGGACGUAUGCUCAUUGAUUCUGAUCCUUAUAGACCGAGAUGUUUGCCCAACAUAUAUCUUACCACAUGGGCAUUUCAAGCAGUAUAUGACAUUACAUGUCUCGCGCGUUGCAAAAUCUUUAAUUUGUAUCCUGUCUCCCUGUGUGGGGUGCACUACAGUGUCACCUUUUAUUAUAGCACUACAAUUCCCGCAGAACGCCCCUUCUCUGAGUUGCAAGGAAACUCUGUCUUUCAAUUUUUUUAGGGCGUAUGUCACUAAUCAGCAUGUUAUUCAGAGAGGCAAAAAGGGGUUUAUCAACAAACAUUCUCCCAAAUUUUUGAUCAUGUUUUAAUAUCUACCAAUAUUUCAGAAUAACCUUUUUUUUAUUAGUUUAGAAUGUCGAACAUAUUUGGAAAGAUUACACAAAUUGUUUCUUUUGCUUCUCCCUCUUUUUAACCUGUCUGAUGUCCUGUCUUUAUUUUUUUAUUUUUUUACCAACCUCUAUUCCAAUUUCAGUGACCUCUUUCUUAUUAUAACCCCUCUGUGUGAAUUUAUUACCCAUCAAUAAGCGAUAUUUUUUCGUAUUAUUUGCCAGUACUAGAUAUCCUUCUGGCCCGUGUGAACUGGCUCCUAGGUAUCUUAAAAAAAUGUGAGGGGAGCGGUGGCUGGAAUGAAGCAGCAGGUUAUUUCGAUCUGUGAAUAGUGUGGUCUCAAAUCCUCCCUCUACGCGCCGUAAUCCAACAUCCAAGAUAUGAAUAACAUUUUCAUCAUAACUCAGUGUAAGUUUGAUGGUAUUAUGGCACUCGUUUAAAUGGGUAACAAACUGUAGAAGGGAAGAAUGAUCACCCCUCCACAGCAUGAACACAUCGUCCACAUAGCAAAGCCACCCACACAAAAUACAUGCCAUGUCUCAAAUGCUUCCAUGAAUAUAUUAGCGAAACUAUUAGAGAAGCUGAAAGUAAAAAUCGCUAUCAAACCGAAGAUAAUUUUUCCAUUUCAUCCACCACCACGGCCACAAUGAGAGAUGACCCUUGACCUCUGUAGGGGCAGGAAUACACAGAGCGUUUAAAUUGCCCCCACCCCUUCUCCCCCUCAGUGUUUUCCUGCCCCUACGGAUUAAGCACGCAGAGAGAGUCCUCCCUGUUGGGAGGUGAAGAUCAGGAAGAUUUUACCUUCAUCUCCUGCUGCCUUCCCGUGGCAAGGCCUAUGGCUUGACAACGUGGAUGCUUGCCCUGGCUUGUGCUGGGACCCACGCUCCGUCUUAGAUCACGGUCUUCCUUCCACUACAUAUCGGAAGCAGACCGCUGACGCUGGAUCCACAUGGGGUCCCUUUGAUUUGACGGCGGAACCAGUGCGCAUUGAACAGGGAAGUGCUUGUGGAUGACGUCCGAUGCCAGGAAGCAUUUUAAAAAAGUGGCGCUCAUGCAGCAUAAGGCUGGUCAUCACCGCCACUAUGACAAAUCCCGAGACUACAACUUCCCGUCAGGAGAUUUCGGACCCCUCUCCGCUGCUCCUACCAUGAGUUCCCCAAAGGGAAGUAUGUUAUCCUUAUGUUUAAUAACAUAAUACUCAAACUGAUAAUUGGUUGCUCUUCUUCUGUUCCUUAGGGAGCAAGAUAUACUAAAUCUAAGUCGAGAUCUCUAAAGUGCUCUAUCUGUGCCAAGAGACUGCCUGAUAACUAUAAAAAGAAGUUGUGCAAGGGAUGCUUUCUGACGUCUUAAAAAAGGAGCAACCAUCUAUCCUUUCCGAGAUGAAAUCUUUUAUUCAGGAUGAGAUUACAUCCUCCCUAGCAUCUCUUACUACUCCUAGUACUCCUCUCCUGCCUGCCCAAAAACCGAGACUAUCCAUUCAAUCCUCCUCUGAUGCUGAGGACAUUGAUGAGGAUACCUCUAGACGAGUGCUUGAAGAAGAACUCUCAGAGGGUGAAAUUGUAGAGGACGAUAAAAAGUACCACUUUUCCUCGGAUGAAAUGGAAGAUUUAUUGAAAGCAGUUAGAUCCACUAUGGGCAUAGAGGAUACUCCCAAGCCGCGUAAGGUUCAGGAUGAAAUGUUUGGGGGUUUACGUAUUCCCCAUUAAUGAGAAUAUCAAAGAGAUAAUGGAUGAGUGUAUUGAACCUGAGAAAAGACCAGGGGUGUCCAGAGAAUUCAGGAAUAGAUUCGUUUUUGAUCAAGCUGAAUGGAAAUUUUUUUUUAUGAGAUACCGAAAAUUGAUAUUCAGGUGGCAAAGGUAGUAAAAAAGAUGGCCUUACCCUUUGAGGAUUCGUCACAAUUAAGCGAUCCAAUGGAACGCAAAGCUGAUCCUCUAUUAAAGCCUGGGAGGCAGCUGUUGGGCAAAAUACAUCAUCACGGCUACAUCUGUGGCAAGAGCUAUGUACUUCUGGUUAUCUGACUUACAGGAACACCUAAAGAACAAAACUCCAAGGGAGGAUAUCAUAAAUUCCCUACCGCCAUUAAAAUCAGCAAUUGCUUUUCUGGCCGAUGCCUCGGCAGAAUCGGUACAUUUUACCGCGAAAGAUGCAGGUCUUUCCAAUGCAUCCAAAAGGGCUUUAUGGAUGAAAGCAUGGUGUGGGAUAAAGACUCCAAGACUAAACUAUGUUCUAUUGCCUUCUUGGGGGAGUUCGUUUUUGGUCCAGUAUUGGAUAAGAUACUGGAGAAAGCGGGUGACAAAAAGAAAUGGUUUCCGGAGGUAAAAGAAAUAAAAAAAGAGGCCCUUUCGUCAAUUCCCUUCACAAUAUAGACCCUACAGGGGUAAGUGUAAAUUGGGCCGCUGGAGCUACCCAAAAGGCGGAAGGGGGAGAGAAUUCAUCCUUAAUCCCCAAAAUAAACAGAACAACAGACAAUGACGCCAGAGUGGGAGGCAGAUUGAAGAAUUUUCUAAACUGGUGAAAUCAGGUUACGUCAAAUCCAUGGGCAUUAAACAUCAUAGCCCAGGGAUACAGAAUAGAAUUUUCUUCAAUGCCUCCAGAAAGAUUUUCAGUUUCCACCCACAACAGGGGUAUACGGGAAAAAAAUUGGCAGAGAGUUCAAGGUUUAUACUCCGCCCUCUUUCUAGUCAAAAAACCAGACAACGGCUUCCGCACAAUAAUAAAUCUAAAACCUUUGAACAGAUCUAUAGUGUACAGGAGAUUCAAGAUGGAGUCAAUCGCCUCCACUGAUUCCAAAGGUUGCCUUUAUGACUUCAGUAGUGAAGCGUACAUAUUAGUCAUCAAAAGUGACAGGUGCCACCUCCUUCAUUUAGAAUACGCCCCCAGCUGCCAAAACCCCACUCGUCAACACCCCCUUUUCGUCCUCUUGACAGGUCCCCCUUCGCCCCCUCCCAAAUCUGAAUAAUGCAUGCCUGGACAUGUCUAGAGAGCAGUUCACCAUACCCCUUAAUGUCAGUAUACAAAUUGAGCACAAACAAAAACGCUGCAUUUUAAAAAGUUUGAGCAGAUAAACAACGUACAGAAAUUGGAGGCAGUGGCGUCUCUCUCAGUCUAUUAUCAGCCCAGAUCAACCAGCAGACUCACAAGAUACUUGUCAAGUUUACACACAACCUCGCGGCAGAUCAUCAAUAAAUCUAAGUAGUUUUUUAUCAUGCAUUUUUUAUGUAUCAUUUUAUGGCUAUUGAUUUAUAUUUGUUUUUCAGUGUUUUGUGUACACAAAAUUGGUUAGCAAAUUUGUAAACAUUUAUUUUAUUAUCUCUUUAUUUAUAUUUUGCGAGAGCCUGUGACCCCAUACUAUACAGUUUAACUUAAAUUUGACAAUCUUUUAGUAGAGCUUAAAAUUUGUAUAGUAUAAGGCAUACAUGUAUUUUCCUGCACUGGAAAUGUAUUGAAACAUAGCGUUUAGCGUUGUUAUCCUAUAUUUCGUAAUCCGCUGUGGUAUUAUCAAAUAACUGCACAUGUGCUAAUUGUUUUACUUUCGGUAAUAUUUGAAAGUUAACUUGUGAUGUGAGCACUGUAGUAAACCUAU